UAUUCAAACAUUUAAUUGCAAUAAACAAUCGUAUCAACAACAACCAACUCUUCAUUUUUCUAAUCUAAGAGUGGCUGAAUUCCAAUCAUUUGACACAAAAUCAUGUCGGAAAUAGUUCUGAAAGCAUGAACCUUGAUCUUCUUCUCUCUUUUUCUUAGCUUUUCGGAGCUCAAUCAUCAAUUGUGUUUUGUUAAAAACUGUUUAUUUGUUUUUUUAAUUUUUGUAUUAGCUGGAAGAAUCUUGGUUUCGAUAUAUAUAAGCACAAAGUUAUGCUUUUUCAGUAUUUGUUUGUUAAUUUUGCAGCAUUCUUUGCAUAUUUCUCUCUUGCUCUCUCUGAUCAUGGGAAGACAACCUUGUUGUGAGAAAGUCGGGCUUAAACGAGGUCCGUGGACGAUUGAAGAAGACAGCAAGCUCAUGAAUUUUAUCCUCAAUAACGGGAUACAAUGCUGGAGGCUCGUUCCAAAACUUUCAGGGUUAAUGAGAUGUGGAAAGAGCUGCAGAUUGAGAUGGAUAAACUACUUGAGACCCGAUCUGAAGAGGGGCGCGUUGACAGAAGCGGAAGAAGAUAUGGUCAUCGAGCUUCAUUCUCGACUAGGAAAUAGGUGGUCUAAAAUAGCGAGACAUUUUCCGGGAAGGACGGACAACGAGAUCAAAAACUACUGGAACACGAGAAUUAAGAAGAAGAUGAAGCUCAAGGGGUUGGACCCGGUCACCCACAAGCCGGUCCUCUCAAAAUCUCAAGAUUUGGAAACUACUAGCGAAGAAAUGCAUAAUCAUCAAAAUCUUGGAUUCCAAGAAACUGUUUCAAUCCCAAGUUUGGAAGAUCAUGAUCAGAGGCAACAUAAUACAAAAGGAUCAUCGAUGUCUAAUCAAAGUAGAGAGGAAUCUUCUUGCAUUAAGAAUUUGGACAUGGGAUUGGGAUCUUCAUUUGUGCUCCAAAAUAAGGAAUCUUUGGGGAAUUUCACCAUGGAUUCUUACCAUAAUUUCAUGGAUACACAAUAUUUCUGGGAUUGUUUCACUGGUUUGGGGGAUAGUUUCCCAUGAGAAAAAGUAUAAAAAGGAGGAUUAUUAUUAUUGUGAUAUUGUUAUAAUUGGUAUAAUGUGUAAAGCUUAAUAUU